ACAAUCAAGAGAGCAAAGCUACCCAACUCCCCCAAAAGUUUCCUUGUGUUCUUUGUAAACCCUCCCUCCUGCUCCCUCCCGCUCUCCACCCGGGACAGGCAAAAGAAAGGUGGCCUCUGCUCACUUCACCCUCCACGAGAUCCACUGCCUGCGGUUCCUUGUCCUCUGCCCGGAGUGUGAGGAGGCCGUCCCACGGGAGAAGAUGGAGGAGCAUUGCAAGAACAGCCACCAGCAGGUUGGGUGUGCGAUGUGUCAGCAGAGUGUGCAGAAGCCCUUGCUGGAAUCUCAUGAGGCCAGGGAAUGCCAGGAGCGCCCCGUUGAGUGUAAGUUCUGUGAGCUGACCGUGCAGCUCAGCAAGCUGGAGGUCCACGAGUUCCACUGUGGCAGGCGGACAGAGCUGUGCCCAGACUGCGGCCAGUCCGUCACUCUCCGAGUGCUGGCCCAGCACAAAGGCCUGUGUCGGAUUGAACAGGCCCAGCUCGGGAAAGGCGAACACACAGGCCGGGGAGAAAGAGGGAUGCUCCAAGGACCAGAGCCUCUCCCGGAUGGGAUGCGAGGAGCGGAAACUGUCAGGAGGAUGGAUGACAAGGGGGAAAGAAUUUCAGCUCCUGCGAGGGAACUCUCCUGUCAUUAUUGCAACCAAAUGAUUCCAGAAGAUGAGUAUUUCCGCCAUAUGGAAAAAUGCUGUCCAAACUCAGAGUUUGAGAAACAUUUUCCAGUUGGAAAGCCCCAGAUUCUUCCUCCGUCUCUUCCAAGUCAGGCCGCUAAAAAUCAAACUUCCACGGCAAAGCAAGAUGUCCGUCCAAAGACAAAAAAUAUUAACAGAUUUCCUCCUCUUUCUGAAAGUUCAUCAAAGCAAGCACCAAGAGGCAAAAACAAAACUGUGGAUCUGUCUUCAAAGUCUGAGUUCAAGACCAGGACCACCUCUUCUAUAGAAGACGAGGCAGCCUAUGACAUUCUGAGGAGAUGUCUUCAGUGUGGUAUCCUACUUCCCCUGCCAACCCUAAAUCAACAUCAGGAGAAAUGCUGGUGGUUAGCCUCAUCGAAAGGAAAACAAGUGAGAAAUUCCAGCUAGAUUUGGAAAAGAAAAGAGAUAUGGGUUUGCCCAAGAGCUGCACAUAAACCAAAAGAAAAAAAGGUUCCAGUUCUUCUACGUGAGACUUCUGGUUAAGCCUCUGGGCCUCAAGCCCUGACACCUUACGGAAACCCAGCUUCGUCCCUGAAAAAUAAAACCGCCUCCCUGAAA